GAUUACACAAACUAUAUAAAUGUUACACAUCUGAUAAAAGUAUUAAAUUAUUAUAGCUACUAGAAAUGGCAGUCCAUAUUUUGGUACUUGUGGUCAUCAUUUUGGUAACAUGUUUAUACGUGUACUCGAAAAAGAAGUUCUUGUACUGGAAAGACCGAAACGUUUACCAUCUGGAACCGACAUUCUUCUAUGGAAACAUGAAAACAGUAACCAAGGACCAUGCUCAUUUAACGACAGUCUUCCAGAAACUGUACAGUGGGGCUAAGGCGUUGAAGAAAAGGUACUGUGGAUUUUACCUCUUUUUUCAACCACAUUUCGUGCCUGUAGACAUUGAAGUGGUAAAAGGUAUACUCCAAAAUGAUUUUGAUCAUUUUUAUAAUCGCGGAAGAUAUAUAAAUGAAAAGGAUGAUCCUUUAACAGGUCAUCUUUUCAAUUUAGAAGAUGAAAAAUGGAGGAAACUAAGAAAUAAGCUUACUCCAAUAUUUACAUCAGCAAAGCUUAAAGUGAUGUUUCAAACCCUUGUAGAGACUACCGACGGAUUCCAAAAACUACUUGACAGACUAGCCAAUUCAAAACAACCUGUUAAUCUCAAAGAUUCCUUUGCAUGCUUCACUACUGAUGUCAUCGGCUCUAUUGCUUUUGGUUUAGAUUGCAGCUCUAUGGAAAACCCAGACUCGGAAUUUAGGGAAUACGGAGAUAAAGCAUUUCGUAAAAACUUGAGACAGAGAAUAGGAAUCAUUCUUACUAGUGUGUUUCCUUUUUGGUUGCUUCGAUUAACAGGCUUCAAAACAAUUUCGAAAGAUAUCGAUGAUUUUUUUAUGAACCUUGUCAAAGAUGUUAUCGAAGAACGAGAAAAACAGAAUAUGGAACGGAAAGACUACUUGCAACUUUUAAUAGAUUUAAAUAAGAAUGGGAAUAUGAAAGCUCUAACUUUGCAGGAAAUUGUUGCUCAAAGUUUCGUAUUUUUUAUUGCUGGGUUUGAAACCUCAGCUACAACCAUGAAUUUUGCUUUGUUGGAACUCUCCCAAAACAUCGAUAUUCAAGAAGAACUUAUAGAAGAAAUAAUUACCGUUCUUGGCAAACAUGAUAACCAAAUAACCUAUGAAGCACUUAAAGAGAUGGUUUUAUUGGACAAAGUUGUGCAGGAAACAUUAAGAAAACAUCCACCAUUGGGCUUCCUCGUUCGUAUGUGUAACAAAGAUUACAAGUUGCCAAAUGACGAUUUUGUUUUAAAAAAGGGAACUAUGGUUAGUAUCCCUGUCCAUGCUAUACAAAGAGAUCCAGAUUAUUAUCCAGACCCAGAAAAAUUUGAUCCGGAGAGAUUCAGUAAAGAGAAUAUAGAGAAAAGACCUGCGUUCUCUUACAUGCCGUUUGGUGAAGGUCCACGUGUCUGUAUUGGUUUGAGACUUGGAAAACUACAGGCCAAAAUAGGACUUAUCACUUUGCUGAAAAACUAUCGUGUUAUUUUCAAUGAAAAAACAAAGUUGCCGAUCACAUAUUCCUUUGGCACGAUAUCGAAUGUUAAAGGGGGAGUGUGGGUCAAUUUAGACCACCAAUUUAGACCCCAUACGUAAAUGAGCGAAUGUAUAAUACUUCUUCUUCUUCUUCUUCUUCUUCUUCGAAUGUUCGAUUAUUAUUCUUAUAAUUGUAAUAAAAAUACAAUGUUUUAAAUCACAUUCGAUUUGACAUGAUAACGAGCGAUCCACAAUUAUUGGGAUCAAAGCUAGCCGUGCAAAAAAUUACGUAUGUCUUGUUUUAAUCUGAAUUUAUAUCAUUGGUUUAUCAAUUAAUUUUGAUUAACAUUAUAAAACAUAAAAAAUCAGUCAAAGCCUAACACAGAACUUCAAUCAGAAAUAAAAACAAUUAGCAAAAUUAUAAGUAACAAUAAUAAAUAAAAUCAAACAAACUACAUAACCUAACUUUUCAUGUUAAGUUGACGUACACUGCAAAGUUGACGUAAACUGGAAAGUAUAUCUGAAUUAAGAAUAGACAUGCACUGUAUAGCUAUCUCUGUCGUUCAAAGCCACCUAUGGUGACAAUAAUUUAGGAUAACACGUUAUCAUCACUCAAAGAUUCAUAUUAUGUAGGCUAUAGGUACAUACCUACCAAUUUAACAUACUAAACCGCUAGAAAAUUUAACAUGUUAAUUUCCCCAAAAAACCAAAUGCAUGGUUAUGACAGUAAAUCUACUAAGAUGUAAAUUAUAACUGGAGGGUCAGAUAAUAGAACAAGUCAUGGAGUUUAAAUAUCUAGGCAUCACACUAUCUAGCAACGGAAAGCUUAAAAUAGAAGUGGAAGAUCAAGUGAAUAAAGCAAACAGAGCCGCAGGCUACCUGAAUGAAACAAUAUGGAGAAAUAAAAAUAUUGGAACAGAAAUUAAAGGCAAAAUUCACAAAACAGUCAUCAGACCAAUAAUAAUAUAUGCAGCAGAAACACGACCUGAUACAGAGGGGACACAAAUAAUGCUAGAUACAGCAGAGAUAAAAACCCUUCGAAAAAUCCAUAGUAAUGAACUAUGGGAUAGAGCUAAAAGUGCAGAUAGUUAAUAGACGGAGAUGCAAGGUGGACAACAUUAAUAACUGGGUAAAAAACAGAAGAGUAGAAUGGAACUGCCACAUAAGCCGAAUGACAACAAAUAGAGUAGUAAGGGCAGCUAGAGACGGUUCUCCAAUAGGAAGACGAUCAGUGGGCAGACCACGAAAUCGAUGGAAUGACAACUUACUGGAGGCACAUUGAAAAAACAGACAGAGCAAUGUCUACACAAAAAGAAGAAAGAGAAUACGUAAAUGAUAGAAUACGUAGCCAGUUUAUACAGUAUCUUUAAGUAUUAUUAUCGACUUAAAUCGAAGUAUGAUAGCGCAGUCAGAGUAAUUAUUUAUUAUCUCAUUCAGGGUACAUUGGAACUUGGAACAGAUUUAACAUAUGUUCAAUAUCAAAUGACGGCUUAAAAUAUAAGUUACAUACUAUAUAUUUUUCACAAGGUGCAUCUAUUAACAUAAACAACCACCAUGAACACUGAUGGAGAACAAUUAGACCUAAAGUUUUUUUUAUAUACAACACAGAGACCCCCACUUGGUCUACCUAAUGACUUUUCUUUGACAGCAGGUAUGGAAAUUAUUUUAUACUGUUCGUUUAAACAUGUUGGAUUUGACACAAGCCAGGUUUCACUGACGCAUAACAAAUCAAAAUCAAAGUGGUCUCUUAAGUAAUUUUCUAGAUUUGAAUAACCGUGACAGUUCCAAAAAAUAAUUGUUUUUAGUUUUUUGAUGAAUUAGCCAAUUUAUUACCCUUUUUUGUAUUAUGAAUAGGGGAACUGUCUUCUUCCCGAUUGCGUUUUGGACGGUCAGAUUGUGUUGAGAUUAUAGUCGGGUUGCCAUCAAUAACAAUGGUUGGUUGUCCCUUAACAUAUUUUAUUGUUAGGUUUUCUUCACCUUGAUCUUUUCUCCUUGUGAGCUCAUUUCUGAGCACCCUUACCUAUUACUUAAACUGCCAAUACAGGUCACGCGGACUAUAACACAACUGAGACUGUGUAAUAAAUUUCGAAUUUCAUUCACCUAUAAUAAGGGAUGUUACUAUUCUAUCGAUCCAGAUAAUAUUUGCACUGCCUUUAACACAAGACAACUCGAAACUAUUGAUCACCUUCUAUUUAACUGUCCUAUCUAUAGCACUAUGAAACCAGUAGUUAUUUGUUUUCAAAGCAUGGAUUCACUAUUAUAUGCUCUUGAUAAUCUCACUUUAAACAACGCUAAAAUCAUUGCAGGGUACAUAUGGAACAUUUUAAAACUCGGAGCGUUUAUCUUGAAUGAAUAAUUUUUCAUAUAAAUUCCAUUGUGCAAUUCUAUAUUUACCGUUUAUUUAUAUAUAUAUAUAUAUAUAUAUAUAUAUAUAUAUAUAUAUAUAUAUAUAUAUAUAUAUAUAUGUUUACAUUUUUUUUGUUUGUAAUUUUUGUAUCACUAUUAUUCGUCUCUUUGUAAUGUAAUUUUGUCAUGUGUGUAUUACUUAUUUAUUACCUAUUCAUUUUGUUAUACUAUCUCUGCAUGUCACUAUACGUAUUUGUUCAAAAAAUUUUAUUAUAGUAUUGUCGAACAAACCUCUUGCUAUGGACUUAUUGUAUUCCAAGAAGCAAUAAAUAUUAUUAUUAUUA